AUGGACGUUAUUUGUGGAUACACAGAGUCCCCUACAACAUCAACAACUCACAAACCUUUUCUACCGCCAAGAAUUACUCCACCUGUUCCAGCAAGAAGCAACAACCAUUUGAAGCAACAGCAGCCACAACAGCAGCAACAACAACUUCUAGAAACAGAAUCAAUCACGCCACUUGAUGGCAAAGACACAUUCCGACCGUCGUUUUUAUUUCACAAUCAGCCAGAGAAGUUAGUUAAAAAAUCAAGAAAUGCCAAUGAAUAUCUAGCCGACAAGGAAAACAUUAUAGUGCAUAAGUCCUCAAAACAACGAGAUCUAGGAUCACUACUAUCUACGAAGGUACCACCAAUUCCGCCAAGAGUGCCUCUCACCCGAAGCAUUUCACUCACCUACCGACCACCGCCUCCACCAAUUUCGGAUGCCGCUUCGGCCAGCGAAUCCCUAUCGACAAAUUUUAGAAAGAAAGAUGGCCCCAUUACAAACAGCUGUCGAUUGAUAGAUAAUCCCUUCAACGGUUUGGAUAAUAUUCCCACCAUCGUCGACCCACUUAAACCUCGUAGACGCGGCGGGGUGCCUCAGGUCCGAUCGGCACCAACGCUUAAUAACGUUCAUAACAUCACUAACGUCAACAACGCUCACGUUAAACAUUUAGUAGCAUUAUCGCCUGCUAAUCAACUAACGAUACGACAACACCACGACAAGGGGGUGGCCGAUAAUCAAACAAUUAUACCUCUCGCCAGGUGGCCUCUUACCGAAACUCAACCCAGAACUAAUCAUCCGUUCUUGGACAGCCUGGCCAGCAGGUUACAUGGUUCUACCAACGAAUACGUCGAUAGUCCAAGAACCAUUUCGCGAACAAAAUCUCUAAUCUCUACAUUGAAUCUCACAAGCAACGGCAAUAAUUUUACAACAAGCAGUCGAGUGUUGAAUGAAUUGUCGUCGUGGGGCAGUCAUGGUACCUCUCUUAAUCGUGCUUGCAAUGCCUCCAUCCUUGUCUCCACGACCCAUUUUAAAGAGAAGAAACAGAAAAACAUGUUGAAGAAAUUAAAACUGUUUGUAAAUAACAACAGAAUGAAACGAGGUUCUGUGCAUGCGGACGCUGAACGACCAUCAUUAAACUCUCACCUAACAUAUCAAUCGACCGUCACAAACACAACUGCGCUAGUUGAACCAACAACGACACCGACGACUCGAGAGUGUACUAAUUCUAUAAUUUGCAGGCAGUGUGGCAGGUGUCGCUGCAAAGAUUGUAUGAAUUCGUCUCGAAGAACCGGUCGAAUCGCUUCUAGUAUUCAGGACGAGUCUCUCUUGGACUGUCUCAGCUGCAUGUGUGCAAUCAAGCCCAUAUUUUACCACUGUUUGAAAGAUAGCAACGGUGAGGAUGACUGCUCGGAGGAACCCUGUGCCUGCUGUUCUCAACCAAAUUGUUUUCCGAGGUGGGCCAUUCUGGGCAUGUUCCUACCCUGUCUGCCCUGUCUGUGCUUCUAUUUGCCUCUUAGAUGUCUCCUUGACGUUUGUCUCGGCUGCUUCUCAAACGACAUUGGAUGUCAGUGCGAACACAAGUCCCACAAGUCUUCUGGCUUCAAAACUCUGCUGGAAUCAGAGAAUUCAAGUGCAUGAAGAGGAUUAAACUGAUUGGAUACUGUAUUGUAUUUGUAUAUUAUACGAUAUAAUAUUUUAGAUCAUAAUAUAUAUUGCUUGAUCAUGACGAUAUUUACCGAUUUUCCAAGUUUCUAUUCAUCUCUAGUCAUACAUAUAUAUAUAUAUAUAUAUAUAUAUAUAUAUAUAUAUAUAUAUAUAUAUAUAGCUGGCAUAUUGUUGGUGGCAAUGACAAUUGACGCUAUAACAUGCAUAAGACAUAUCUUGCAAGCUUAUCAAGUCUCUAUAUGCUUUUGAUAAUUUUAAUUGAACUAUUGAUUUUCACUGAUUCACAUUUACAUUGAAUAACAUGACGUUGUUACUACUACUAUUCUUAGUGGUUUGAUAAUACAGUUUAUAGUAAUAUUCACGGCUUAGUAUUUACGCAGUUUUAAACUGAGCAACAUAACACUAAUAAUCGGUAACCUGUCUGGCAAAC